AGAGCAUCAUGGGAGUAAUUCCUCGUAUCAAAGGGUAGCAUUUGUUGUUGGUUUCGGCCAUUGAAGUAUUACUGGGCUAGGAGAGACGGGAAUGAUUUUGCAUGUUGGGUCAGUGCAAUUUAUUCAACUGAACCUGUGAAAUGUAACAGACUCGAAUAGACCAUCAGUGAAAGUAAGUGUGCAAAAUGGAUGAAGGGACAGAGGACCUCUCUGAGACACAACCACUAAGAAGUCUGGCAGACCAAAGUGCUGAGCUACCAGAUGAUCCUCAAAGUGGACCCUCUGCCAAUAUAUUAAAAUCCAAGGCAUCUCUCCCUUCUUGCUCCCCUGCCCCGGGUUCAGCAGUUUCUGCCCUGCAGUCUAAAGUCAAAGCAGUGUCCCAGAGAAAGUUAAAAGGGGCGGAGAGAGAUGAUCUAAUACCCGAGGGCUCAGCAGAAGAAUCACUGAAGAAAACUCAAGAUGAUGAAGCGCUGUCUACUUGUCAAACAGAAUACACUGAGCAGAGCAAUAAGCCAAUGGCUGGCAAUACAAAAGUGCAGGAACCCAACUCUGGGAUGCAAGGAGAAAAAGAGACUGCCAACAAAAGUGGGAAAGACAGUCCAUCUCAAGGUGCAGCAGAAAUGCCCCGUGGGCUUUGUGAAGGGUCUAGCCUGGAGAAUAUUGCAGUGGGUGUAGCUGGUGAGCCUCAAAGAGGCAUUGCAAUCAAGUCAACAACGUCUUCUCCCAGGCACUGGGCUCCUCCCAAGGGCUUCUGGCGAGUGGCACGACCAGAGACUUUACUUCUUAAUUCAGAGAGUUCCUCCACACUGGCGACUCCAAAGGAUGUGCCACCCACAACUGAGGAGGGUCUGAAACGGAAGCCAAAACUAAAGACUGUGGGUGUUGUUGUUCACAAGGAACUGCAAAGGACUGACAGCUUGGAAAGUGCUUUUCGUAGGUAUCUCCAGAAGGAGACUGCAACAGCAGAUCCAACUGGUGGGCUGUGGAAGGCAGACAGUUGGGAGACUGUGUGCACCAGGGGAGGGUCUUUGUCUGUUGCAGAGAAAGUCGAGAUGAACAAGACAGACCUGAACGAAUACCAAGCUGAUGCUAUUGAGAUCAAUCCUUCCAUGCAUCCAGAGGGGCAGUAUCAACCACCAAAGGAGCCACACAGAGAUUUACCUCCCUACAAAGUAGGUGAAUGGGACUCAGCGAUCGUCACAAGGGACCCUGUGUUUAACUAUAGACCUCUGAUCUCCACUGCUGAAGUUACUCUUAGUCCACGACAUGAACAAGCCAAGCGUCUGUUGGAAAGAGCUCGAUUCAAAGCACGUUCUCAAACCUCUGAGAGUGAAACCGCCACCUGCCUUGGUCAAAGAAAGGGCCUGGAAGCUUUACCAAUCAGUGUGUCAUCUGCGCUGCACAGUGCUGUUCUUGUCACGGCUCAAAAGGAGGUUACUUCACCUCUUCAGUCACCGGAUGUCCGGGGCAGGAGUCAUGAACGUGGGGUGCGCUCACGCCGGUAUGGCCAAUCGCCCACGCGAGUACGUUUCGAAGAUGAAUCGGAAAAGGAGGCUAAGCGGCGAUACCUGGAGCGGGUGCGUGAACGCGGGCCAGUGGUGGCUGAGAAAUCCCACUCAACCCAACAGCUGAAGGUAGAUCACAUUCCAGAGGAAGGCAGGGGGGCAGCAAUAAACUGGGUAAAUGUUGGAAUCCCUGUCGCGAUAUUAACCAAGGAGGGAGAGUGUCUGGCUGCCAUGGUGUCAAAUGAUGAAAUGCUCAGGAAAUGUGAAGCCUGUGGAAGCAUCUUGGGACCUGCCCAAAACAAAGAUUGCCAUUCCCAGCCAACACAUAGUAUAGUAGAUUCUCAGGAGAAGGCUGCCCCUCGGUGGGUGACCCCUGGCCAGCCGUGUCACCGAAGCAUCCACCCGACCUUCAUGGAAAGUUUAACUUUCACAGGAGGUGUCAGCCUGGCAGAAAAUAUAGGACGGGGAGAUGUAGGAGGUGCAGGCGAGAACACGUCAGCUUUUGGGAAGCUUCGAAGAAGGAGCAGGAAAGGAGAAAGCAGAGUUGAAAGCGGCAACGGUCCAUAUGCUCGAAGUCAGGAUCUAUGGGCUCAGAGAAGGAACUCCAAAACCAGAUCAAGCCUGGAAGAUAAAACUACUCGCUCUAAACUAAAUACGCCUGAACAAGGUGCGACAGAAACCUCUACUGACCUUGAGAAUAAGGAUCUCUCUAGCAAUGUCAAGGACUCUCCCCCCCAUCUUCCCAUCAAAUCGGCUCUGAAAUCAAGUUCCAAGAGUCGGCCGACAGGGCAACGGGUGGUCAAGCUAAUGCCCUCGGUUCAGUACCGCCUAAUUCAUCUUGACCACAAGCUAGAUGGGAGCUCUCACCAUGACACCAUACUGCCUGAAGAGCACCUCAGUGUCACUCUCAGUGCCUCCCCUCAGGUUUAUCCAGUCACCUCAGGACUGACUUCUUGCAACAGACCAUCUUCUCUCAGGUAUUCCUCAUCUAUGCUGACCACAGACCUCCAGGCUCUAGCAAUAUGGGACUCUGCAGGUGACCUAGUCACAGGUCAUUUGGCAGGUGAGGGUGUCUGCAGAGAUCCCAGAAGCUCAUGCACAGCACCUGUUCCCCCAGAUUGUUGCCCAGCUUUGAGAGCUAUGGGUACAUCCAAAGCAGAAGACCUGAGGGCAGAACUUCUGAGAGCAGAGCACCGAAAGGCUGAAAUACACUGGGAUGACAGUUUAGCUGUGUCUAGGAGAGCUGGGGAGCGAGAAGGCCGUCCUAAGCUAUCCCUCCGUCGCUUUUUCUCAGCCAUGGGACUGAACAGUAUGGGUAAGCUGGUGAAGGGAAGCCGGUCCAACAGCAUGGAGCACCUGUGUUCCCCCACUGCCCGCUACAGUUCUGCCUCCCCAAGUCCUACACACAGAGGCCUAGUCCCUCUGAAGAGGACCCCCUCUCUCCAGUCUCUCCACACAGAGUCUCCUUUGGCUCAGUUACGGAAGGCAUCUUCUGUCCAGAGUCUACAGUCCCCAAAGAGGAAGUUUGAACGUUCCACUAUUUUAGGAGAGUUACCGCUGCCUCUGAGUUUGGGACCAAGGGAGCUUCAGAAGGAAGUGAACUUAGAGGAGUCACUAGAGGAUUCUCGAGGAGCCGGUCCACUAGGGCGGCUGGUGCAGGCCUUUCCUGACGGGACUUUACUCAUAGAACUUACCAGACCAGCCAACAAUAGACCUUUUGGCUUCGUCAUCUCCAGGGGCAAAGGAAGACCUGACUCAGGUAUUUACGUGGAACGGGUCGGAGACAGUGCCACGGAGAACAUCUACACUGGACUCCUGAGCGUUGGAGAUGAGAUUCUAGAAGUCAAUGGGGAAAUCGUAGCUGGACUGACCCUGGAUCAGGUUACACGCCUCAUGACCCGGGAUAGCAAAGCCACGAUCCGGAUUCUGCCACAUUCCUGGGUCAAGCACUGAUGCAAAUCAUGGGCAAAAUAUGAAAGAUGGAAUUAUGAAGAAAAGAUCAUUAAGGAAAGUUGACAAAGCACUUUUAGACAUGUUCUUCUGUCCUGGGUUAGGUAUGCAUUAGAUUGUACGAUGCAUUGUUUCCAGAAAAGUAAGAAAUAAAAGCUUCG